CGAUUCCUCGGCGGUUUCAGAAUCGGAAAUUGACCGGCAUUCCCGACGCAGGGUUACAAGGACAAAGACGAAGCAAAGCAUGAAGCGCAAUAAGAAGAAAACGAAGCUCAGGUCACGCUACGAUGAUGAUACAGAAAAAGGGUCUGAUACAGAGGAGACAGAGCAGAGCGAUUCUUUCGAUGAGAAGCAACUCAGAAAAUUUGUUUCCAAACUCAAAGCCAAGAAGGCCAGGAUGCUUAACCCUGUGGAUGAUUCUUCCGAGGACCAACAAUUCGACGAUGGUGAUACCGAAUUGAUCGAUAUGUCGCUAGCCCUGGCCAAGGAGAAGCUGAGGUCGAAAGAGGGGACUGGAAAACGUACUAAAUUGCGCGGGAGGCGGAAUCUGCUUGGUGAUGCCCUAGGUGAUGCUCAGAAAAAUUAUUCCCAAAAAGGCUUGCAGAAAAAGUUAGCGAGAAAGGCUGGUUCAAAAAUGGCCUUCAAGAGAGUUGAUCAAUUAUGGGACAACACAAUACAUAAGUACAAGUUGACUGAAACCGUUAACGAUCCCGACGCCAAUGAGUGGGACCAAUACCUUUUUACUGUGCGCCGCAAGUUCGAUUGGGAAGGCAAAUACAUGGAAACUGUGGUAGACCUCAAGAGCAAGCACCUCCGCGAAGCGUUGGGCAAGGUAAUGGACGGUGUGAAGGGUGUCAGCUUGGUACAAGAUACCGCUGUUGUGGACCCCAACAUGCUAUUUCUCUAUCUUGAGGAAACCAGGGACUACAUGAAGGAGCUCAAGCAGCUGGCCAAGACUGAGAAGAAGAAGAAAGCUCGAAAGAUAGCAUCUCUCAAAGCGCGCCAACUGAAGGUGCUUGUUAAAUAUCUGGACACAGACUAUGCCGAGACGAAGAAGACACUGUAUCCAUUGUUGGAGGCGAAUACCAUAACCUUCGACCUGCUUUGGGCGCUGUUCAAGCCAAAUACCAUUGCCUAUGCGCCCACAUAUGGUAACCAGGACGAGCCCCGCGCGUUCAAGGUUGAGUAUGCCGUCAAGGAAUCAUCCUUUAUGAAAGGUCAGUGGUACAGCAUCGAAGGCCGUUAUCUUGAGUAUGACGGCAAGACAUUUGGCAUGGGAACGAUGGAAGCAGUUGUGGAAUCCUUCAAAGGAGCUCGCAAGAUCACCAGUUUAGGAUGUUACCCGCUCAAAUAUCACCGUGACGCCGACGAUGUCAGGACGAAGCUCAUCGAACGGGGUAAGAAAUUCGUCUCCCUGAAGGGCAUGAAUUACCGCUUCCAUAAAGGAAUGGCGUUUUACAAGAAAAAGCGCACCGUCAUCAAGGUUAACAUUAACGGACGGAUCAUGAUUGACCCUGCAAUACACCGUCGCAUCAACCCUAACUAUCCCAUCAGCACCGUCCGUCCCAAUGAUCCUGACUUAUUAGACGGUUCCGAUGACGAGACUGACGGCGGCUGCUGUUGCGUGUCAGGUUCUGAGUCAAAUCAGUCAAACACCCAACACCAGGACUCAGAUACGCCCAAGACAAAGCUCAAAUUCGUCCGAAAUAAGCAGGGUAAACCCCAACUUGUUCGAGUAGAGGUAGACGAGAACGGGAACGAAGUCGAGAAAGAGAUUUUGGACGAAGUUUCUGACAACUCUGAGCGAGAAUUCACAGAGGAAGAACUCCUCAUUGCAAGUCCAGUCGUCCUAGGGUUCGCCUUCAGCGAGAAACUCUGGCUGGAAUUCAGCGUUUCCGGAGUUAGUGAUAUUCAAUGGAGCGAGGACGCCUUCGACUCUCUUGUCCUUCCAGGCAACCAAAAGUCCAUCGUCAAAGCCCUGGUUGAGUCUCACACCUUUUGCGCCGCCCAGAAUAUCGAUGACGUGAUUCAAGGCAAAGGGCGAGGUCUCGUCGCCGUCCUCCACGGACCCCCAGGCACAGGAAAAACCCUUACAGCAGAAGGCAUUGCCGAGCUCCUCAAGCGGCCCCUAUACAUGGUGAGCGCAGGUGAGCUAGGCACCGACUCAAGAACACUAGAAGGGGAGUUGAACAAGAUUCUGGAUAUCGCUCAUUCAUGGGGUGCCGUGCUCCUCCUCGAUGAAGCAGAUAUCUUCUUAGAGAAACGCACAAUCCAGGAUAUCCACCGCAACGCCCUUGUCAGCAUCUUCCUCCGUCUCCUUGAAUAUUUUCAGGGAAUCCUCUUUCUGACAACGAACCGGGUAGAAACAUUCGACGACGCCUUCCAAUCCCGUAUACACGUUGCACUGCGCUACGGCGACCUGACUACCAAGGCAAAGCGCAGCGUGUGGAAGAUGUUUUUGCAGAGGGUGCAGGCGGUCGAGGGCGUACAGAGCGCUGACUUCACGGAUAAGGACUUUGACAUGCUAUCGCGCCAUAAUCUCAAUGGGCGGCAGAUAAAAAACUCCGUGCGUACAGCGCAAGCCCUCGCAGUCAACGAAGGGAAUCCGUUAUCCAUGGAGCACAUCAAGCGUGUUCUCGAGGUUGCCGAAACCUUUGACCACGACUUGCGUGGUGGCUCGGGUUACAUGGAUGCUAUGCGAAGUUACACUUAG